AUGAUAUCACCAAGACGUGCACUGCAAUUUGGAUUUAUUUGGUUUUGCAACCUGAAUGGCAUCACCACGUGCUACAUCUCCUCGGGGAGAUUACGCCAGUCCCAAUUUCUGUCCUGCUAUCGGAUAAUCCACAACUUACUGGUAAUUAUUUUGACGAUAAAGUUCCUGAUGGAUUUCUGGCACUUCAGUGCCGAUUCAUUCGAGGAAUCACCGCUGGUGAGGCUGGCUGCCAUUACAUACUUCGGAUUGGUGUUCCUAUCCCUGAUCAGUUGUAUGGGUUGUGCUCAUCGACGGCAGGAUAGGAUUUGUAAAAUGAUUCAGAAACUUCUGGAACUGGAGGGGAUAAGUAAAUCACGGGGCUACCGGGUGCCCAAAAGCAAGAAGCGAUUUCUAAACUUUCUCAUGGUAACAUUGACUUGCCUGCUAAUCCUUCGACUGGUCAUCCAUGCUGCCUUAAAUGUCAGUCGAUUUCUGAGAGGCAACCACAAUCCCUGCAACUGUUUCCUCUCCGAAUGCAUGAUCUUUGCCACGAACUCUUUGGCCUUUGGACUCAUGUUAGAGAUCUGUCGGAACUGGUGGCGCCUGCAGUCGGGUCUCGAGAUUGUGAUCCUGGACCCGAAACCUUUUCCGGAUCAGCUUUGUCGCCUGCGUAAGCUGCAAACCAUGUUUCAGACGCUGAUUAAUAUGACGGAUGAGGUUUGCUUUGUCUUCAGGUUUGUUUUUCUGUGCUAUCUGAUGCGGAAUGUGUGGAGUGGCAUACGGGUCGGAUACAUGUUUGUUCGCGUGUUUCUUGGCCACAGUGCCAUAGAAUCGGAACUGCAGUACAUGCAAAUGGUAUUUGUCACCUGUAUUCAACCUCUGCUCUUUUCGCUAAUGAUGAACACUCUGACGCACACCGCAAAUUCCCUUUUGGAGACUACAAAGGAAGUGAUCAGGGGGCUUUAUAGCCGGGAUAUGGAAUGGUUCUCCUUGCAACUGGCGGAGCAGAACACUUACGUCCAUAUUUUCGGGACUUAUCGCAUGAAUCGCAGCUUGGUGUUCGACGGCUGCUCGGUUAUUCUGCUGCAUGUCAUCUAUAUGGUACAGUGCGAAUACAGCUCGAUGUUUUAG